GAUAGCAGCCGACAGAGAAUGCACCUCUGACACGGAGCCAUACAGCAGCACAGACAACCAGCAGCGGAAGCCCUCUGCCCACAGAUAAUUGCAUAAAGGCAAAGUCUGCGAAGGUCAGCCAAGAAACAAGCAGCAGCUGCCAGAGUGAAGACCACAGGACUACAAUUACCUCAACGGUGUGCGGCGCUGGAGCAAAGUGAAUGACAGAUUGGAGGCGCGGGCGAUGGUGAAGAUUGAGUUUGGCUUCCAGCGACGCUGAGAAAGUGCCUGUGAGCCCCGGCGAGCAGCCAGCCGUUGCGAAGGGGAAGAUCGAGCUCGGAGCCGAGUGGCGCGUGUGACAGGUUCUAUCUAAGCGAGGGACCACCACCACACUCUCCAGCCUCUGCUCAGCCCACUGGCUCAGCAGCAGCAGCAGUCUCCGUGGCAGCCGUGAUUCCCUCUACUCCAGCGCAGCCAGCUGUACAUGGAGAUCCCCCGCUGGGCAGGAAACACUUUGUGUAAGUCAGGAAGCAUCACCGUGUUUGGGAACGUGGUGUGCAGUGGGCUCCUGAGCGACCCCCUCUGGCAUUUGGGAGUGCCCCUUUUCACAAGACUGGGUAACCAAGAGGCCGCCAACCCCCCAGAAGCGAUGGCCCAGCCCUACACCCCGGCGCAGUACCCACCGCCCCCCCCACAGAACGGCAUGCCGGCGGAGUUUGCGGCGGCGCACCCGCUCCCGGCGCAGGACUUCACGGGCCAGAGCCGGGUGCCGGAGCACGCGCUCACCCUCUACACGCCCACACAGACGCACAGCGAGCCCGCCGGCAGCGACAGCAGUCCGCCCCUCAUCAGCGCCAAUCCCGCCAACGCCCCUACAGACGACGUGACGCAAACAGAGGGCUCCCAGCAGCUCCAGCUCCAGCACUCAGAGUCCUCAGAAAAGCAGCAGCCCAAGCGGCUCCACGUCUCCAACAUCCCCUUCCGUUUCCGGGACCCCGACCUGCGGCAGAUGUUCGGGCAAUUUGGCAAGAUCUUAGAUGUGGAGAUCAUCUUUAACGAGCGAGGAUCUAAGGGCUUUGGUUUUGUAACUUUUGAAACGAGCACAGAUGCGGAUCGCGCGCGGGAGAAACUAAACGGUACAAUCGUAGAAGGACGCAAAAUCGAGGUGAACAACGCAACAGCACGGGUGAUGACCAACAAAAAAGUGACAAACCCCUACACAAACGGCUGGAAGCUGAAUCCUGUAGUGGGCGCUGUCUAUGGUCCUGAACUCUACGCUGUAACUGGUUUUCCGUACCCAGCCACUGGGGCCACAGUGGCCUACAGGGGGGCCCACCUGAGAGGGCGGGGCAGGGCCGUGUACAACACCUUCCGCACGGCACCCCCACCCCCUCCCAUCCCCGCUUACGGAGCAGUGGUUUACCAGGAUGGCUUCUACGGAGCAGAGAUCUAUGGGGGCUAUGCUGCAUACAGAUAUGCUCAGCCCACCACUGCUGCAGCCUACAGUGACAGCUAUGGCAGAGUCUAUGCAACGCCGGACCCGUACCACCACACGAUCGGCCCGGCCACCACCUACAGUGUGGGGACCAUGUAAAUAACAUGAAAGGACGCUGUGCUCGGUAACGAUGGACAUCACACACAAAAAAAAAUGACAAGAAGGUGACGGACGCAAAAUGAGAACUAGCUUUAAAUGAGAGGAAGAAGAAAAUGAAAAAAAGAAGAUGAAGAAGAAGAAGAAGUCACUGAGUCUGGGGAGGGAGAGAGAGAAAGGCGGAACAGCGGCCACACACAAAAAAAAAAUCUGCCAGCAGCCUGACAAGAAAGAAGAAACUUGUUUCCACCAGGGGACCACCAACGCUGAGAGAGAGAGAGAGAGAGAGAGAGAGAGAGAGAGAGAGAGAGAGAGAGAGAGAGAGAGAGAGAGAGAGAGAGAGAGAGAGAGAGAGAGAGGACAUUAACGUGUGAUAUAGUGUGAAUGACAGAGGUAGAAGGAGAAAGCUAGAGGGAACACGCUUCAUUAUGACAAUAACAUUUUAUUUUUCUAUGCUUUUUUGUGCUUUAAAAAAAAACAGUUUAAAAAUAUUAUAUGUAUAAAACAGUAUAUAAAUAUAUGAACAGAGAUGUUUUUAUGUUAACGGGUAAAGGGGAGAUGGAACAGAUCGCCCUGGAUUGUUGAUGUUCUCAUCUGCAGGACUAAGAGGGACCCUCUUAGCCCUCUCUCUCUCUCUCUUUCUCUCUCUUUUUCUCUCUCUCUCUCUGUCACCCUCUCCCCUGCCCCUCUCAUCCGAGACAGACACAAAGAUAGAUAGAUAGAUUGAUAGAUAGAUUGCUUAGAGUGAUGUCAGUGAUGUCCACAUGUUUAACGGACGAGUGUGUAUACGAGUAUUGAAGUACUGUAAAGCUCGGCAUCCUGGUGCAGCAAACCAACAGCCUCAGUGUGCGCGUGUGCUCUCUCUCACACGGAGGCCCGUUGGUUCCCACGGCAACUUCCUUCUUAUUCUGGGAUGUCAGAAAUGUUUUUCCUUUCUUUCGUCGUUGAUUUCUUGUGCUCUCACUCAUCCGACUUCCUUAGAGUAGUGCCACCCACCGUCCAUGUGUCACCCCCUGGCCCAAGUCAUCGCACCCAAUUCCACUUCCUAUUGGGAGGUCAGGCUCAGGGCUGCCCAAGAAGGGUGGGUGGGGGCGGAGGGCUGAGGACCAGGGUCAACCUGGGUCUCCCUCCUCGGCAGACCACUGGUCCCCAUCACGCUGCGAUGGAUGUCACAACUCUGCUUCCAGUUUGAUCACCCUCAGUCCCCACCACUCUGCCCUGAACAGGGUCCAAACGGUCAACAGUCAGCUUCCUGGGGUCAGUCUUUUUUCAGACACCACUCCUUAUUUGAGGAGGAGCCAUAGCCUGUCACUUCCUGUUGGCAGGUGAACGGUUAUGUUUGGUUUUUUUGGUUUUUUUUGGUUUUUUUUUGUAAACGGGGGUGGUCUGAGUGGCCGGUCGGAGGUGAAACGAAUGAACAGGUUACUGGGGUUGUGAGCUUGAUCACUUACCUGCAAGGGUCACAGCCCAAGCCUUUGUGUCACUCAGACAGUCCGGAUGUCAAACACCAAGGAUAGUGCUAAAUGACUUCAGUAGACAGCGCAUGACACCAAUAACCAUAAUUCAAACAGACAUGAGAACUGUGACUCUGACGGACAUUAGACAGACACUGUUAACCAAAUGAUGUUUCGAAAAGUCAAUGCUACAAAUGGACUGUUAUUGUUUGGUCAAUAUUGUCUGAUUAGAGUUAUUAUUUGUGAAAAAAAGAAAUACUUAAAGGAAUAACAAAAAAAUACAUUUUUUUAAAGGUAUUAUCAUGAUUUAUUUGCUGUAACAACCUGAAUUAUUAUGAGAGCGUUCCCUGUAAACGUGUGUUUUUUGAGCAGUUCUUGAAUGUAUUUAAAUGUGAAAAGAUGUGACACUACUUGUUUCUGUAUAUAUACAUAUCUAUGGAUGGUUUUUUCAGGGGUGCAUAUAAGCAAUUGCCUUUUUCCUUUGGCCUCGACAGUAACUGAGGCCCCACGUAACCAAUUACUUCCUCCAGACAGCCCCACCUGUGCACUCACAAUGACAGCACACAUCAACUUUAUUUGUGAAUUCUUUUGAGCUCACCUACAUACAGUAUGUGCUCUCUCUCCCUGACACACACACACACACACACAGAGACACACACAUAUACAGCAGUUGAGACAGUUGACACUCCACACCAGCUACAGUCCAUAGUUGUUAAGAGCUGAUUGCGAGCACCAGAUUGCAAGAACCCCAGAAAGUCAAUCGUCUUUCUAAUUUUCUUCCUUUUAUUCUUUCUCUUUUUUUAUUAAGCCUGCCCUGCGGUAACAUGCACACAGACACACAGAGACACAUACACACACACACAGAGACACACACACACACACACACUUCAUCGAAAUUGGAUCAGUCAUAAAAGCUCGCUAAGUAGAACAAGGUAUUCCGGAUGUCAGAUGCAAAAGUUUAUGAAUAUUGAUUUUUUUUUUUUCCUCCGUUUUUUUUUCUGUCUCUCUCUCUCUCUCCAUCCAAAGUGUGAAUUUAACACAGACUCUGAGGUCUUUGAUCAAGAGAAAGCGCGGCAUCGGCGAUGCUGUGGAGGAGGGAGAUGCCUACUGAUGUGACCUAGUUUAGAGAGGAGAUGCUGCUGCUGCUGCUGCCGCCGC